CCGGUAUCGCAACACAAUUUUGGAAACUCGCCAGUCGCCACUUCGAGUAGACGCGCUCAUAUUUGCACAAACCCCUCCGCGGUUCUAAAUCCCGGCCUCGGUUGCAAGGGGAGGUGGGACAAGCACAUGUGCCUGCGCACUUCGAUCCCAAGUGCGACGAUCGGCCCAAUCCCUGUGGCCGACCCAGGCCCGGGACUCUGGGUUCGGGUUUCGGAGGCCAGGGAGAGGACGGCGUGGGAGGACGUCACGAGAAACCCGCAGCGUUAGGAACCCUGGGCGUAGCUGCCUCUGAUGCGCGGCGGCCUUUUCUGCUCCGGACUACGUUUCCCAGUGGUCCCUGCGGGAACCGGGCCGGCUGCCCCUUUGUGUCCUCCGGGGGCGGAGGCAGCCAAGGCGCCUCUUUCCGGGCCCUCCCGGGCAGACGGUGAAGCCCGAGUGGAGAUUCCCCGAGCCUUCGGGGCGGGAAAGGGAUCUUCCAGCAGUUCAUUUCUCCAGGGGUCUGAUCUGAAGACACUGCCACAUAUCAAGAGAAGACUUAAGAGGAAGAAAGAAUGGCUGUUGGAUUUCUUAAAGCCAUGUGCCAGGAGUUGGUCACCUUCAGAGAUGUGGCUGUAGAUUUCUCCCAAGAGGAGUGGGAUUGUCUGGAUUCUUCUCAAAGGCAUCUGUAUAGUAAUGUGAUGUUGGAGAACUACAGGGUCUUGGUAUCACUGGGCCUUUGCUUUUCCAAGCCAAGUGUGAUAUUAUUGUUGGAACAAGGAAAAGAGCCCUGGAUGGUAAAGAGAGAGCUGACAAAAGGCUGGGAAUCUAUAUGUGAGACUGGAGAAUUAACACCAAAGGAGGACCUUUAUGAAGAACAGUCAUCCCAGAAGAUAAUAGAAACACUUACAAGGUAUGACUUUGAGUACUCCAAUUUGAAAGAAGAGUGGAAAUCUGAAGGCCAUUUUGAGAGGCAGCUGGCAAAUCAGAAGGUUUAUUUCAAGGAAGAGACAAUCACUUAUGAAGAAUCCCUUGUUGAUGAAAGAGAGCGAAAAUAUAACAAAUCCUGGGGAAGUUUCCAUCAGAACACACUGCUUCAUACACAACGGAUAAUCCUCAAAGAGGAGAAAGUACAUAAACAUGGCACAUGUAAGAAAAGCUUUAAAAAAAAAUUAGUGCCCAUUAAGUCCAAGAGUGUCUAUGCAGAGAAGAAAUUUUUGAAAUGUAAUGACUGUGAAAAAGUCUUCAGCCAGAGUUCAUCUCUUACCCUUCAUCAAAGAAUUCAUACUGGAGAGAAACCCUAUAAAUGUGUAGAAUGUGGAAAAGCCUUCAGCCAGAGAUCAAAUCUUGUUCAGCAUCAGAGGAUUCAUACCGGAGAGAAACCCUAUGAAUGUAAGGAAUGUAGGAAAGCCUUUAGUCAGAAUGCACAUCUAGUCCAACAUCUGAGAGUUCAUACUGGAGAAAAGCCUUAUGAAUGUAAGGUAUGUAGGAAAGCAUUCAGCCAGUUUGCCUACCUUGCCCAACAUCAGAGAGUUCAUACUGGAGAGAAACCCUAUGAGUGCAUUGAAUGUGGGAAAGCUUUUAGCAAUAGAUCAUCCAUUGCUCAACACCAGAGAGUUCACACUGGAGAGAAACCUUAUGAAUGCAAUGUCUGUGGGAAAGCAUUUAGCCUUCGUGCAUAUCUUACUGUACAUCAGAGAAUACAUACUGGAGAAAGACCCUAUGAAUGUAAGGAAUGCGGGAAGGCCUUCAGUCAGAAUUCACACCUUGCUCAGCAUCAGAGAAUUCAUACUGGAGAAAAACCUUAUAAAUGUCAGGAAUGUAGGAAAGCAUUCAGCCAGAUUGCCUAUCUUGCUCAACAUCAAAGAGUUCAUACUGGAGAGAAACCCUAUGAAUGUAUUAAAUGUGGAAAAGCAUUUAGCAAUGACUCAUCCCUUACUCAGCAUCAAAGAGUUCAUACUGGAGAGAAACCUUAUGAAUGUAAUGUUUGUGGAAAGGCUUUUAGUUACUGUGGAUCCCUUGCCCAACAUCAGAGAAUACAUACUGGAGAAAGACCCUAUGAAUGUAAGGAAUGCAAGAAAACCUUCAGGCAACAUGCACAUCUUGCUCAUCAUCAGAGAAUUCACAUUGGAGAACCUAAUGGAGAAAAACCUUGGGGAUGCAGUCACUGUGAGAAAGCUUUCAGCCAUAACCCAACAUUCAUGUAUAAACAAGCAGUAACGAAUUCUCUUGCAUACAAACGGAAGAGGGUUCCACCUACAGAAAAACCUCAUGUCUGUAACGAGUGUGGGAAAGCCUUCUGUUACAAGUCUGAAUUCAUUAGACAUCAGAGAAGUCACACGGGGGAGAAGCCUUAUGGCUGCACUGACUGUGGGAAAGCCUUUUCACAUAAAUCUACCCUCAUUAAACACCAGAGAAUUCACACUGGGGUAAGACCUUUUGAAUGUUUUUUUUGUGGGAAAGCCUUCACUCAAAAGUCACACCGUACAGAACAUCAGAGAACACAUACAGGAGAGAGACCUUUUGUGUGCAGCGAAUGUGGGAAGUCAUUUGGUGAGAAGUCAUACCUCAAUGUACAUCGAAAAAUGCACACAGGAGAGAGACCCUAUCGUUGUAGAGAAUGUGGAAAAUCUUUUAGCCAGAAGUCAUGUCUCAAUAAACAUUGGAGAACUCAUACAGGAGAAAAACCCUAUAGAUGCAGUGAAUGCGGUAAAGCUUUCUAUCAGAAACCAAACCUCAGUAGACAUCAGAAAAUUCAUGCUAGGAAAAAUGCCUACAGAAAUGAAAAUCUAGUAGUUGUGGGAAAGCCUUGAGGGAGAUACCCAUUUACACUAUGUACAGGAAAAUUCAUCCUUAGGAGAAAUCUUAACCAAUUUAAUGCAUUUGGACAAAGCUUAAGGGAAGUCAUGCUCCAAAUGUGGUAAAAAAAGAUAAAAGAAAAUACUUUAUAAGACAUAAACAUGAUAAUUUUGGCAUAUAAAAGUUUAAAAAUGUUUAAUAGAAUGAUAACGCAAAAUACAUGUGAAGAGACUUAAAGGUAUAUUAUGAUAUGCUCCACGUAACUCACAUAAUACGUACUACUUAUAUCUUACAAGUGUAAAUGUGAACUUAACAUAAAUUCUGAAAAUCAAACAUGUAUAUGUCACAUAAUAUGGAGAAUAUCAUUCACGAAACUUUUCCAUGCAAGUAUCACCAUUGUCUUUUGGUAUCUUUUUUUAAAUUAAUUUAUUUAAUUCCAUUAGUUAUUACUAUUGUUAUUUUUAAU